AACAACUUAACACAGAACUUCAACAAUGACUGGCCGCGGCAAGGGAGGAAAAGGUCUAGGAAAGGGUGGCGCCAAGCGUCAUCGCAAGGUUUUGCGUGAUAACAUCCAGGGAAUCACCAAGCCCGCUAUCCGUCGUUUGGCUCGUCGUGGAGGAGUCAAGCGUAUCUCCGGUUUGAUCUACGAGGAAACUCGUGGUGUUCUGAAGGUGUUCCUGGAAAACGUGAUCCGUGACGCUGUUACCUAUACUGAACACGCCAAGCGGAAGACCGUCACUGCCAUGGACGUCGUCUAUGCCUUGAAACGCCAGGGACGCACUCUGUACGGAUUCGGAGGUUAAAUCAUGCCAUCAAUGAAAUGCUAUCAAAACGGCCCUUUUCAGGGCCACAACAAGUUUAUGGAGGAGAUCAACUUGAGUUUUUUAUUG